AUGGCUGCCCUGGUUGGGUAUGCGAGCAGUGACGAAGAUGAAGAAAUUCAAGACGAGCAUCCAAUAACUGCACCUGGGGACAAGCCUACCCCAAGUACGGGAAACAAGAACACCCAAGAAUCAAAUUCCGACACCAAAACACCCCAAGCGGAGGACGCCUCCGCUCCGGUCCUCGGGCCUCAACUUCCACCACCAGAUGCCCUUCAAGAUGCGCCCGUACUGGGCCCUAGCCUCCCCACAAACGGUCAAGAUCUGACCGCAAUGGACGUCGACGUCACACCAGAACCGUCCGUCCCGCCAUCCCAGCCCGCAUCCCCAUACUCGGCCAACCGCGCACUGCUGCGGGACUUGACCCUCCCGCCGGUGCCGAACCUGGAUGUGCCGCCGUCUCCGCCCGGCUCACCACCCCGUAGCCUGCCGGCACUGACGGCCAAGUUUGAGACGUUCCUCGAGCUCAAGCGCAAAAAAGGCACGCACUUCAAUGCGCGCCUGGCGCAGUCGGCCGCCAUGCGCAACCCAGCCCUGAUGGACAAGCUGAUGGGCUUCGUCGGGCUGGAGGAUCCCAUGACUGCCGCGGCGGCUGCCAAGGCUGGUGGGGCGGCGGCCACCGUGGCGACGGGUGGCGGAAAUUCCAUGGCGGAUCAGUACAUUACCAUCCUCCCGCCAGGCCUCUGGGAUCCGACGGCGUUCCCGCAAUGGGCCUUCCGUGACGGGUUGAGGGAGGCCCAGGAGAAGGUGCAGAAGCAGAGGGAGGCGGAGAGGGCAAGUGGCCGGAGGGAAGCUGUCGAGUUCGUGCCUGCUUCUACCCAGUGA